CUCGGCUCUUUGAGCAAUCUUCUUGUUGUCUUUUUUUUUCCAUAACGAGGCAGUCAGCACGCCGAUGAUCGCAGACCUUGACGUAGAUUUGGUGUCACCAGCCCGCCACCUGAACUCAUUCUGAUACUUCCCAUACUAACAGAGACGAGCCGACUGCAAGAGAGAAUAUUGAAGGGAAACUAGGACAUUGGCCGAGAGUUUUUAUAGCUAUAUCUCUCUGGAUCUUUUCCCAACUCUACGGCUUAUCCGAAGCAAUCCGCGACGCCAUCAUGAGCCGAGUACUAUUCGAUCACAGGGCCAUGGCUGCCUCCCCCAAAUCGCUCGCCGUAAAAGGAAAGAACUUUGCCUGGACUGAGAAGGUCAAAGAGAAGCAGGUCGAGCAAUCCGAAGAGGAAGAUCCCGCAGACAAGAUGUGCCCCAUCUGCCACGAAGAGAUUGGCUCUCCCAGCUCAGAAGGCAUCGUCGAGACGUGGAGUAUGCUGCCGUGCGGACACAUGUUUGGGAGCCACUGCAUCAAGCACUACAUCCAGAUGGUGGCCUACGACCGACCGCAAUGCCCCAUCUGCCGAUACUCGCUCGUCCACGGCUGUGGACACCCCGUCCUGCCCGCCUUGUUCGUCACUGAGGGCCAUAACGCCGCCAAGGUCAACAAAGCGACGAUCCGAGCCCUCACCAUGACAUCCAUGCAAUACAAUUGCGCAUAUUGCACGGAGAUGAUUGCUAGGGGGAAUAGGGUGGUGGCCGCGAGGCACGGCAGAAAACGACAACGCACACCGAAAUGGAAGCUUUUGCUGAAGAAGAUCUUCAGUUCACCACUAGCGAUAGACAGGUGGGGCGAUCUAGAGUCGGAGUAUGUGAUUGCUCGAUUUCCUGAGACUCGAUUCGACAGUUGGAAUGGCGCGAGGGAUUAUGAGUGGGAGUGGUGGUGGAACAAGCAGGCGUUGACAACGUCGGCUUCCUCGACAAGUAAAACGGCCUGAACCAGUCUUGGAGGUGUUGAAUAUGGUCUGCUGCAGAGGAAAAGAAGUGAAAGUUCGGAUGUUCAUUCGGGGAUCUCAUACCUUGUCCUGGGGUGGAGUACUAAUCACUAUCCUUUCGUCUUUCUUUAUACACAGGCGUAUUGGGAAGAUAGCGGGUGCAUUUGUCUUGUCUUGUCUUCCGUUGAGAUGGAAGUGGUUAAAUGAUUGAGAUGAGAACGGGGUUGUCUGGGGGAUUGUACAUUUAAAAGAGUCGAGAUAGGGGUGGCGUUGUCGCGGGCAGGUACAAAUGGAGCCUUGGUUGGAUUUUACGGAGCUUGGGCUGGACAUCUUAC